AUGGGCGCGCUUCUGUCUCUGCCGCUGUUGGCGGUGCCGAGCGUCGGCACGCUCAUCACUCUCGGCGGCUCAUGCUGCGGCGCUGCAACUUGCUCUGCGGUCUGCAGCGCAUGUGGGAAGUUUCAGAAUAGUAUGGCGACGCGAAUCGCCUACGCCUUCAUCCUCUUGAUCAACUCCAUUGUGUCUUGGAUCAUGCUUACGCCUUGGGCGAUGAAAAAGCUGCAGCACCUGACUCUCGAUUAUAUGGAGAUUAAAUGUGAUGGGAAGGAGUGUUACGGUUGGGUUGCGGUCCAUCGCAUCAAUUUCGCUCUCGGUCUCUUCCACCUGGUCCUCGCGGUCCUGCUCCUCGGCGUCAAGACCUCCAGAGAUACUCGCGCUGCACUUCAGAAUGGUUUCUGGGGCCCGAAGAUUUUGUUCUGGCUUGGAUUUGUGGUCAUGUCGUUCUUCAUUCCCGAACCUUUCUUCUUUGUGUACGGCAACUACAUCGCCUUCUUCUGCGCUAUGCUCUUCCUGCUCUUGGGUCUCAUCCUCCUGGUGGACCUUGCGCACUCCUGGGCUGAGCUUUGUCUGCAAAAGAUCGAGGACAGCGACUCUCGUCUGUGGCGUGGUCUACUGAUCGGGUCGACCCUCGGCAUGUACUUGGCUUCUUUGGUCAUGACGAUUCUGAUGUACAUCUUCUUUGCCCGGAGUGGAUGCUCUAUGAACCAGGCUGCGAUCUCGGUUAAUUUGAUCGUUUUCCUGAUCAUCUCAGCGGUGUCUGUCCAGCCGGCCGUUCAAGAGUGCAACCCUCGCGCCGGUUUGGCGCAAGCCGCCAUGGUCACUGUUUACUGCACCUACCUCACUCUGUCUGCUGUCUCGAUGGAACCGGAUGACAAUAAUUGCAACCCCUUGGUCCGUUCAAGUGGUACCAGAACUGCUACCAUCAUCCUGGGUGCAAUUGUGACCAUGGCCACUGUUGCAUAUACCACCACGCGCGCGGCUACCCAGGGUAUUGCGCUGGGAUCAAAGGGUGGGCACGACUACAUCCAGCUUGGCACAGAUGAUAAUGAGCACGGCCUGGUGACUCAACAGCCGAACAGCCGCCGUGAGAUGCGCGCCGAAGCUCUCCGGGCGGCUGUCGAGUCUGGGAGUCUGCCAGCUAGUGCCUUGGAUGAGAGCGAUGAUGAGGAUGACUUUGAGACCAGCAGCAAGGAUGACGAGCGUGGUUCGACCCAGUAUAGCUACACCCUUUUCCACAUUAUCUUCUUCCUGGCCACGACCUGGGUGGCCACCCUGCUGUCACAAGGCCUGACAGUGGACACGACCAUGGACUUUGCUCCGGUCGGCCGGACCUACUGGGCCAGCUGGGUGAAGAUCUUCAGCUCCUGGGUGUGCUAUGCGAUCUACCUCUGGACGUUGGUUGCGCCAGUGGUGUUGCCUGAGCGCUUUGCUGCUUACUAG